AUGGACAUGGCCAUGUACACAUCGCCAUCUCUGCCCUUGUGUGCACAUGGCCAUGUUGUGGGCCUCACCUCUCUCUCCCUGCGCUUCUCCUCCCGUCCACACACCCCUCUCUCUGUGUUAACGUGUGGCGGUGGCCGCGGUCUCGGCACUGCUGGAAGUGACAUUGCUGUGUGGCGGUGGGCGCGGUCACGCCAUUGCUGGAAGUGCCAUCGCUGUGUGGAUCGAUACGACCACCACUGCCCCGCUAUAUGCACCUGCGUGGGUCGUCGCAACCACCGGCUGUUCCUCCUGCUCAUCGUUGCCUUCAUCGCUGGUGAACUCACCUUUGCAGCCAGCUGCCGUGCCUGCGGAAGUUGGCACCAUGCCGUGGGUCAUGGCCGUUCCUCUCCCAUAUCCGCCUCUCCCAUAUCCGCCUCUCCCAUAUCCGCCUCUCCCAUAUCCGCCUCUCCCAUAUCCGCCUCUCCCAUAUCCACCUCUCCCAUAUCCGCCUCUCCCAUAUCCGCCUCCUCCUCCAAUCAUCAUUCGUUCCCACCACACCUUGCCUCUCAUCAUCUCUUCACCUUGCCUCUCAUCAUCUCUUCACCUUGCCUCUCAUCAUCUCUUCACCUUGCCUCUCAUCAUCUCUUCACCUUGCCUCUCAUCAUCUCUUCACCUUGCCUCUCAUCAUCUCUUCACCUUGCCUCUCAUCAUCUCUUCACCUUGCCUCUCAUCAUCUCUUCACCUUGCCUCUCAUCAUCUCUUCACCUUGCCUCUCAUCAUCUCUUCACCUUGCCUCUCAUCAUCUCUUCACCUUUGCCUCUCAUCAUCUCUUCACCUUGCCUCUCAUCAUCUCUUCACCUUUGCCUCUCAUCAUCUCUUCACCUUGCCUCUCAUCAUCUCUUCACCUUGCCUCUCAUCAGCUCUUCACCUUGCCUCUCAUCAUCUCUUCACCUUGCCUCUCAUCAUCUCUUCACCUUGCCUCUCAUCAUCUCUUCACCUUGCCUCUCAUCAUCUCUUCACCUUGCCUCUCAUCAUCUCUUCACCUUGCCUCUCAUCAUCUCUUCACCUUUGCCUCUCAUCAUCUCUUCACCUUUGCCUCUCAUCAUCUCUUCACCUUUGCCUCUCAUCAUCUCUUCACCUUUGCCUCUCAUCAUCUCUUCACCUUGCCUCUCAUCAUCUCUUCACCUUGCCUCUCAUCAUCUCUUCACCUUGCCUCUCAUCAUCUCUUCACCUUGCCUCUCAUCAUCUCUUCACCUUGCCUCUCAUCAUCUCUUCACCUUGCCUCUCAUCAUCUCUUCACCUUGCCUCUCAUCAUCUCUUCACCUUGCCUCUCAUCAUCUCUUCACCUUGCCUCUCAUCAUCUCUUCACCUUUGCCUCUCAUCAUCUCUUCACCUUGCCUCUCAUCAUCUCUUCACCUUGCCUCUCAUCAGCUCUUCACCUUGCCUCUCAUCAUCUCUUCACCUUGCCUCUCAUCAUCUCUUCACCUUGCCUCUCAUCAUCUCUUCACCUUUGCCUCUCAUCAUCUCUUCACCUUGCCUCUCAUCAUCUCUUCACCUUGCCUCUCAUCAGCUCUUCACCUUGCCUCUCAUCAUCUCUUCACCUUGCCUCUCAUCAUCUCUUCACCUUGCCUCUCAUCAUCUCUUCACCUUGCCUCUCAUCAUCUCUUCACCUUGCCUCUCAUCAUCUCUUCACCUUUGCCUCUCAUCAUCUCUUCACCUUGCCUCUCAUCAUCUCUUCACCUUGCCUCUCAUCAGCUCUUCACCUUGCCUCUCAUCAUCUCUUCACCUUGCCUCUCAUCAUCUCUUCACCUUGCCUCUCAUCAUCUCUUCACCUUGCCUCUCAUCAUAUCUUCACCUUGCCUCUCAUCAUCUCUUCACCUUGCCUCUCAUCAUCUCUUCACCUUGCCUCUCAUCAUCUCUUCACCUUGCCUCUCAUCAUCUCUUCACCUUGCCUCUCAUCAUCUCUUCACCUUGCCUCUCAUCAUCUCUUCACCUUGCCUCUCAUCAUCUCUUCACCUUGCCUCUCAUCAUCUCUUCACCUUGCCUCUCAUCAUCUCUUCACCUUGCCUCUCAUCAUCUCUUCACCUUGCCUCUCAUCAUCUCUUCACCUUGCCUCUCAUCAUCUCUUCACCUUGCCUCUCAUCAUCUCUUCACCUUGCCUCUCAUCAUCUCUUCACCUUGCCUCUCAUCAUCUCUUCACCUUGCCUCUCAUCAUCUCUUCACCUUGCCUCUCAUCAUCUCUUCACCUUGCCUCUCAUCAUCUCUUCACCUUGCCUCUCAUCAUCUCUUCACCUUGCCUCUCAUCAUCUCUUCACCUUGCCUCUCAUCAUCUCUUCACCUUGCCUCUCAUCAUCUCUUCACCUUGCCUCUCAUCAUCUCUUCACCUUGCCUCUCAUCAUCUCUUCACCUUGCCUCUCAUCAUCUCUUCACCUUGCCUCUCAUCAUCUCUUCACCUUGCCUCUCAUCAUCUCUUCACCUUUGCCUCUCAUCAUCUCUUCACCUUGCCUCUCAUCAUCUCUUCACCUUUGCCUCUCAUCAUCUCUUCACCUUGCCUUACCUUGCCUCUCAUCAUCUCUUCACCUUGCCUCUCAUCAUCUCUUCACCUUGCCUCUCAUCAUCUCUUCACCUUGCCUCUCAUCAUCUCUUCACCUUGCCUCUCAUCAUCUCUUCACCUUGCCUCUCAUCAUCUCUUCACCUUGCCUCUCAUCAUCUCUUCACCUUGCCUCUCAUCAUCUCUUCACCUUGCCUCUCAUCAUCUCUUCACCUUGCCUCUCAUCAUCUCUUCACCUUGCCUCUCAUCAUCUCUUCACCUUGCCUCUCAUCAUCUCUUCACCUUGCCUCUCAUCAUCUCUUCACCUUGCCUCUCAUCAUCUCUUCACCUUUGCCUCUCAUCAUCUCUUCACCUUGCCUCUCAUCAUCUCUUCACCUUUGCCUCUCAUCAUCUCUUCACCUUGCCUCUCAUCAUCUCUUCACCUUGCCUCUCAUCAGCUCUUCACCUUGCCUCUCAUCAUCUCUUCACCUUGCCUCUCAUCAUCUCUUCACCUUGCCUCUCAUCAUCUCUUCACCUUGCCUCUCAUCAUCUCUUCACCUUGCCUCUCAUCAUCUCUUCACCUUGCCUCUCAUCAUCUCUUCACCUUUGCCUCUCAUCAUCUCUUCACCUUUGCCUCUCAUCAUCUCUUCACCUUUGCCUCUCAUCAUCUCUUCACCUUUGCCUCUCAUCAUCUCUUCACCUUGCCUCUCAUCAUCUCUUCACCUUGCCUCUCAUCAUCUCUUCACCUUUGCCUCUCAUCAUCUCUUCACCUUUGCCUCUCAUCAUCUCUUCACCUUUGCCUCUCAUCAUCUCUUCACCUUUGCCUCUCAUCAUCUCUUCACCUUGCCUCUCAUCAUCUCUUCACCUUGCCUCUCAUCAUCUCUUCACCUUGCCUCUCAUCAUCUCUUCACCUUGCCUCUCAUCAUCUCUUCACCUUGCCUCUCAUCAUCUCUUCACCUUGCCUCUCAUCAUCUCUUCACCUUGCCUCUCAUCAUCUCUUCACCUUGCCUCUCAUCAUCUCUUCACCUUGCCUCUCAUCAUCUCUUCACCUUGCCUCUCAUCAUCUCUUCACCUUGCCUCUCAUCAUCUCUUCACCUUGCCUCUCAUCAUCUCUUCACCUUGCCUCUCAUCAUCUCUUCACCUUUGCCUCUCAUCAUCUCUUCACCUUGCCUCUCAUCAUCUCUUCACCUUUGCCUCUCAUCAUCUCUUCACCUUGCCUCUCAUCAUCUCUUCACCUUGCCUCUCAUCAGCUCUUCACCUUGCCUCUCAUCAUCUCUUCACCUUGCCUCUCAUCAUCUCUUCACCUUGCCUCUCAUCAUCUCUUCACCUUGCCUCUCAUCAUCUCUUCACCUUGCCUCUCAUCAUCUCUUCACCUUGCCUCUCAUCAUCUCUUCACCUUUGCCUCUCAUCAUCUCUUCACCUUUGCCUCUCAUCAUCUCUUCACCUUUGCCUCUCAUCAUCUCUUCACCUUUGCCUCUCAUCAUCUCUUCACCUUGCCUCUCAUCAUCUCUUCACCUUGCCUCUCAUCAUCUCUUCACCUUGCCUCUCAUCAUCUCUUCACCUUGCCUCUCAUCAUCUCUUCACCUUGCCUCUCAUCAUCUCUUCACCUUGCCUCUCAUCAUCUCUUCACCUUUGCCUCUCAUCAUCUCUUCACCUGCCAUUCACCCAGCAUCUUUGAGAACCGUCACAUCACCUCCUUCACCUGCCCUCCACCCAACCCCUCAUCUUCCCGAAUCGUACAAGGUGCUCCUAGAGGCGUAGAUGUGUCCUUUCACAUCAUGAUUGCUGCUUGCCUGUGCCCCUACCCCUCAUCCUCUUGUGCUGUGCCCCUACCCCUCAUCCUCUUGUGCUGUGCCCCUACCCCUCAUCCUCUUGUGCUGUGCCCCUACCCCUCAUCCUCUUGUGCUGUGCCCCUACCCCUCAUCCUCUUGUGCUGUGCCCCUACCCCUCAUCCUCUUGUGCUGUGCCCCUACCCCUCAUCCUCUUGUGCUGUGCACCUACCCCUCAUCCUCUUGUGCUGUGCCCCUACCCCUCAUCCUCUUGUGCUGUGCCCCUACCCCUCAUCCUCUUGUGCUGUGCCCCUACCCCUCAUCCUCUUGUGCUGUGCCCCUACCUCUCUCCCUGCGCUGCUGUGCUUCAGUGGGUCCUAUAAGGAGCGUAGAGACAUCUGUCCGCAUUAA